AUGGACGCAGCGGAUAUAGCUGCUUCCGUGUUAGUUUUGGGGAUCAUUUUCGUGUCGUUGCUGUCCAACGUUGUGGUGCUGAUCUGCUUUCUGUACAACCCGGAGAUCCGCAAACAGGUGCCCGGUCUUUUUAUCCUCAACUUGACGUUUUGCAACCUGUUGCUAAGCGUGUCCAACAUGCCACUAACUCUUGUCGGGCUCGUCACCACGGGUCACCCCGGAGGCAGCGGCUUCUGUCAAAUUGUGGGUUUUCUCGACACUUUCCUCACCACAAACUCCAUGCUGAGCAUGGCAGCUCUCAGCAUCGAUAGAUGGGUUGCGGUGGUGUUCCCACUGAGUUACCACUCAAGAAUACGACAUCGGGAUGCAGUGAUCGCGCUGGGAUACACGUGGAUACACUCACUCUGCUUCUCCACAGUUGCCACCUGCCGCUCCUGGGUGGGCUACCACCACCUUUACGCGUCGUGCACUCUCUGCAAUGCCAGGGCGAAGGCAUCCGGCACGCAGUUCAUCAUUUUCACCGUGGCUCUGCACUCUCUCACUUUCCUCCUCACGCUGAUCGUGUUGUGUGUAACGUAUCUGAAAGUGCUGAAAGUUGCAAGGUUUCACUGUAAACGCAUCGACGUGAUCACUAUGCAGACGUUGGUGCUGCUCGUGGACAUUCACCCCAGUGUGCGCCAGAAAUGCUUGGAUGAGCAGAAGCGGAGGAGGCAGAGGGCCACGAAGAAGAUCAGUACAUUCAUCGGCACAUUUGUGGUGUGCUUCACCCCUUAUGUCAUUACAAGAAUUGUGGAGCUCUUCUGCCCAGUGCCCAUAAGCCCUCACUGGGGUGUGCUUUCCAAAUGUUUGGCCUAUAGCAAGGCAGCAAGUGACCCGUUUGUCUACUCGCUGCUGCGCCACCAGUACAGGAAGACCUGUAGCCUCCUGGCUAACAAAGUCCUCAAGAGGAGUCCACUCAACUCCUCCUCCCUCAGGAUGGAGAACAACGCAGGGAGGAGCGACAAUAACGUCAACAUAACCAACAACAUCCAACCGCCUACCAACAAGCCACUGGGACAGUGA